GGCUGUGGUGCAUCCAAAGUGGACAGAAAGUAGAACUGAAGCGCGGCCGGGGAAAGAUGGAGGCGGCGGAGACUGAGGCGGAGACUGCAGCCCUAGAGGCCCUGGCCAAGGUGGCAGACAUCCUGGAGCCUAUUGGUCUGCAGGAGGAGACAGAACUGCCUGCUCAGAUCCUGGCUGAGUUUGUGAUGGACUCCCGGAAGAAAGACAAGCUCCUCUGCAGCCAGCUUCAAGUAGUAGACUUCCUGCAGAACUUCUUGGUUCAGAAGAACACUGCCCAGGGCCUGGACCCCUUGGCUUCUGAAGACACGAGCCGGCAGAAGGCAAUUGAAGCCAAAGAGCGAUGGAAAGAGCUGAAGGCUACCUACCAAGAGCACGUGGAAGCCAUCACAAGUGCCCUAACCCAGGCACUGCCCAAGGUGGAGGAGGUCCGAAGGAAGCAGGCACAGCUCCAGGAGGCCCUUCAACAACUCCAGGCCAAGAAGCAAAUGACCAUGGAAAAACUCAGAAUAGCCCAGAAGAAGUGGCAGCUGCAACAGGAGAAGUGUCUGCAGCAUCUGGCAGAGGUUUCUGCAGAGGUGAGGGAGCGUCAGAAAGGAACUAAGCAGGAGCUUGAUCGACUGUAUCAGGAACUUGGAACUCUUAAACAGCAGGCAGGACAAGAGCAGGACAAGCUGCAGAGGCACCAGACCUUCCUCCAGCUGCUAUACACCCUACAGGGUAAGCUGCUGUUCCCCGGGGCUGAGGCAGAGAUACCACAAGAGCUGGAUCUUCCUAAGGAUAAGCCCCAGCAGCUGACCCAGCCCCAGAAGCAGAACACUCGGGACACCAUGGGGAGAGACAGAGAUGUGUCAUCCAAGGCUGACGGCCCACAGCCUGCUGGAGGUGCGAGCUUGCCAUGGCUUCCUGGGGAACAACAACAUGGGGAAGGAUCUUAGAACAGAUCAGACUCCAGCUCAGACUAUGGUGUCCUUGGACUGCAGGUUGAUGAGAAGAGUCGCACUCAAAGGCCAGCAACACCAUAGGCACUGGGACUGGUGUGAAUACAGAGGGUGUAGGGGGGAGGAGGCCCUGGCCUGGGGCCUAAGGGGUUGCUUGCCCAAAUCGAUAUGACACAAACAUGCUGAGCUUAAUUUAAGGAGAAGGUGAAUGCUUUAUGCAGGUGGUUAGAUAUGGGAAAAUAAUUUUAAUUACUGAUCCAAAUGUUUAUUUGCCAGGUGCCUGUUUUGUGCCAGGUGCCUUGCCGUGAAUGGGAGCUACAGCAGGGGGUUUAUCUGACCAGUCCCUGGCCAUGUGGAACAUAAUGAAAAUGAACAAGAGAAAUGGUCAAUAGGAUGAUUUCAGAGUGUGUUAAAAUAGGGUAGCAAUCUAAAACAGAAUAAGAAGAUACAGAGCAAUAGUGAGAGAAUAUAGAGACCCCAUCUGUCUGUAUUGCCUUGUGUCUAUAUGAGUUAGUAUUUCUAAUUGUCCUGUGUCUAUGGGAGUUAGUAUUUCUAUUUGAGUUAGUAUUUCUAUUUGAGUUAGUAUUUCUAUUUGAGUUAGUAUUUCUUCUUGUGUUUGUGUCUGUUGCUUUCAGUCUCCAUUCCCCUGAGUGUCUGUUGCUGGGUGUGUGGACAGUGGUGGGGCACUGUUUGAGAAAGAGAUUGCAUCCCUAAUUGGGAGUGUGGGAACUGCUGUGUAAGAGAAAAAGAGAGAUCAGUGACAGUUCUCAGAGAGUGGAAAACUCCUUUUCCUUAUAAGAAAAUGACCUUCCUGUGCGAGAAGGACCUCAAUAUCUCCAUGAGAAGGACACUGGAACCUUUUGUUAUUGGUCAAGAGAGUUUCAAGAGACAGUGUUCCCUGUUCUGCCUCAGACUGGGAUGCCUUCUCUCAGGUGAAGAUUGAGAUCCUUGUACACUCUGAUGGUUUGCUCUGCUUUUCUGAGUUUUCUCUAGUUUUCUCUCAAAUUGUCCUUUUAAAUGUGUUGGCCCCAUUUUUAAGAUAUGAAAUAGGAUAGGUAUCAGAAGUCUUUGAGGUCCUGCAUCAUUAUUGAAUGAGGGGCUCAGAGAGGAUUGAGUUUAUAUUCUCCACAAGGGACAUACAAAUACUUAGAGAGGCUUCCUCAAUCUGCCCAUCGUCCUCCCACAUGGUCCCUUCUGUAGCCUUCUAGCAACCCACAUGCGCAGUCCCCCAUUUUUCCUUCCCUUAUCCCUACAGUCUGUUUUGUUUGUUUUUUUCUAGUCUCAUAUAUCCCAAAAUGCCUGCAACAGAAAGGAGAGCAAGAAUAUAUAUACAUAUAUCUGUCCCAGAAAAUAAGUGUCCAUUAAGGGAGACUGGGGUAUGGGUUGGGAUGGUAUGGAGUUUCCCUAUCUUUGCACACAUAGUGGCUUAUGGGAAGGAAGAGAAGAUACUUAUAUGGAGCUAGGGGUGAAUGAUAAUAUCCUGAGAUACUCUAAGCCAGGGGACAGGAGAAAGAGAUUGGGCAAACGUGCAGUAAUCAAAAGCAGAGGUCUGCAAAACUGCUGGGAACCAAAUUUUUUUCAAGGAGUAUGGAAUGCAUCAGUCCACACUGAGGCCAAAGAGUAGGGGAGGCUUGAGUAUCUGUUAUGUUUAAAUCCCCUGAAUUGUCCAUGUGGCUGGAGCCUCACAUUGGCCACAAUUGUCUUGAAUUACAAGCUUAGGAUUUGGAACUUGAAACUUGCUUUUAAAUAGAAGCUGGACUUCAGCUUCCAGCUGUUCUUGGCUCUCUCUUAGGCUCCCCUAAAAGCUAUACCAGUUCAUUGUUAGUUGUGCAAGGUAGAUAUGUGCAAGAAGGGAAACUACUCCUGGGAACUUGUGAUCUCUUGCACAAAAACCUGGGUUAUGAUUCUACAGAGACUGCUGAAAAGGCCCUGCUGCCAGCCAGAGAUGGUUUUUUUUCUUCCUUUUUUCUAUUCAAAGGAGGGGCACAAACCAGUGAAGAGUGGAGGGUGGGAGUGGGGAGGGGACUGGGGACUUGGCAGUGAUUCAGCACAAUCAACACUCUAUUAGUCUGUCUUGACUAGAAGUCUGUUUGAUAACCUAAAGUGAAGAUUAAGCUUACUUUGUGAAACGAAUAGGAAAAUUUUCUUUCUGUUCUCUGUAAGAAUAGUAUUUUCCUUUUUAAAAAUACUUUCUUUUAUGGUAAACAUUUUAUUUAUUUUCUUUUAGUUUCAGUUUCAUAUUUUCUUGGUAUUGUCAACUUUUUCUAGUAAUUUUUCAUACCCAGUUUUUAAGUUUAUUGGUAUAAAGUUGUCAUCUUUUUUACCUAAAUCUGCUGCCUGUUUUAGGAUGACCUAAUGUUGUGUUCCUGAUACUUUUUUUGUGCUUCACCAAAUUUUUUCUUUGAUCCAUCCUUUCAGAUUUUCGUUCAUUUUCAAAUAUUCAAGUAUUUAAAAAUUGGCUUUUGUGAUCUGCCAUGUAUGUUUGUUCUGAUUCAUUAGUUAGUAAUCAUUUCUGGAUCAUUUUCUACCUUAUGUUUUUAGGUGGAGAAUAUGUUUUGUUUUGGUCUGGUCUUUUGGUAAACUAUUUUUAUCAGAUAAUAAACUUGUAUAUUUGCAUCUUUGUUUUCGCAAAUAAAUGUUUAAGGCUAUAAAUUUCUUCUGAUUUUCUGUUAUUCAUUUCUCAGUCAUUUGAUUCAUAGAAUUUUUUAUUAAAAUUAUUUCUGUGAUUCAUGAGUUUCUUAGAAAAAUAAAUUUGAAAUUUUUUACUCUAUGUUUGUGAGAAGAUAACCUUUCUGUUUAUUCUAGUUUGGUCAGAAAAUGUCAUCAAUGUAAUAAAAAACUUUGAAAUUUGGUGAGGGAAACAGCUGUAACCUUGAAUGAGUUGUUUUAUUCCUUUUUUUUUUUUGUAAACUUUUUCAUAUGGAUUUUAAAAGAAUGUCUGUUUUAGAAUUGUCAUGUGUAAUGUUUUCUGUAUGUUUAUUGUAUUAUGCUUGUUAUAUUUUUUUUACUUUAUAUCUUGUAUAUACUUAAUUUUUUUGUUUCCUGAGUAUCUUUUGAGAGAGGUGUGUUCAAGUCUCCAUAUGAUAGUGGAUUUGUUUAUUUUGUUAACUUCUGGUUUAUUUCAGCAAAGCUAAUCUCUCUCAUUCUAUCUUUACAAUGUUUAAAUUUAUAAAACUAAGUUCACUUCAAAUAUUCUACUCCAUCAUGAAAAGAAACUGUCUUACCAUUUUAGAAUCUUUCUGUACUUAACACAUCCAUUCCUGUCUUCUAGAAUUAUGUAACUUCUUAUAUUGCAAUUCUUAUGUCUCCUCUUUGGGCCAAAUAAGUGUAUAUUUUGAAAUACAAACAGUGUGAAAUUAAAUAACCUAAUUUAAUUAUUAUUUCCAGCCUAGUGUUUAAAUGACCCUUUUGACACUGUGAACAUUGGGCUCUGAGGAAUUUAGUGUUUGAGUUUUGAUACACUUUGCUCUUGAAAUCCUCAAUAACCUAGGCAUUAAGUCUGAGAACUGGAGUCUCAGAAAUCAACAUAUUUUAUGUUUGUUUUGAAGCCUUUUAAACUUGUUUUGGGAGGGUGUAAAUUCCUCUGUGUUGUUAAAUUGAAUUGUAUAACUGUUGAAAUAGUUAUUAAAAAACUGAUUAAUCUUCAUGGAGCUCUGCAUUAUACAAAAAUUAGAUUUUAGAUGUCAUAUUUAAAUGCAUUUCUAAAUUUUCAGUUGUCAGAUGGACUUUAGCAAGUACACCUAUGCAAGAUAUGCAUAAUUCAUUUCAUCAUGCAUUUUAUAGUGAUUAUACCCAUGUGAAAGUGUUGAUACUUAUUUAAAUGAGUUGAUUACUGCAUACCUAAAAUCAUGUUUGAGGAUAGAAAAAAGAAGGGGAAAAUCUAGACAUGCUUUCAGAAGGUGACAGAAUUAUUGGAAAUAAGAGAUUGUCACAAGAAAACAUUUUAAAAGGAAUAGACCAUAAAAUACAUAUGUAUAACCUAGUACACAAAUAUUUGUUUUUAUGUACUAUAAAAAAUCAUAGGAUGAACAAACAUGAGUUGGAGUAAUCAAAAUGGGGUUUAUUUUUAUGGAAGAAUGAAUGAGUUUGUUUAAAAUAUAGAGUCUCCAUGUUAUGAAAUUGUAUUGUAAAACCUUUGGGCCUAAUCUUAACCAAUCGUAAACAGUAAGUGUGACAAUUUUAUUAAUUAAAAUACUCGUUUUAAAAUUAGUUAUAUUAAAUUUUCAUUCUGUAUAUAACUUAGUAGACAAGAAGUUACACUUUACAUGUACCUUAGAGAGAAAAUACUUCUCUUUAGGGACAAGCCUGUCCACAGUCUCCAAAUAUGUGAGGCUCACAUUACCCUGGCUAGAUAGUCUAGAAAUAAAAAAGGAAUUUGAAGUAAUUUGUUUCUGAAGUUUAGCAUUUUCUGUGGUUGUUUCAUUUGAUUACUCCAUGAAGAUAAUAGACUCUGGGGUUAUAACGUGCUGGUUUCUUGUUUGAAAACUCUAGAUGAUGACUAAAACAUCUAGCUUUAUUCCAGUGUGCCAUUUUCAACAUGAGAAAGAAAUAAGGGGAAAAAGAAAGAAAUGGUAAAUUUAGUUGAGGAAUUCAGUCAUAAAAUACUGAACAUUUGUGUGUGUGUGUGUGUGCAUACAUACAUACACAUACAUGCAUAUAUACAGACAUACAUAAAACUGGCAGGGAAUGUAGAUUAGCUGGAGGAAGUGAGAGUGACUGCAUUAUCCAAUAUAUGGAUAUCAGGCCUUUUUUUUUCAGAUAUAGAUUCUGUCAUUAACCAUUUGCUCUCUGUAAUUCCUCUCUACAAGAACGUAUAUAUCUUUGCAUCCACAAAUGAACACACUCAAAUGCCUUCAAAUUUAAAAGUAGUUAGUAAAUGUUCAUUGGAUUAUCUUUAGGGAAGACUUCCCUAAGAGCUGCCUCUUGAGUUCAAU